AUGGUCUUCCAAAUCGUGAUAUUCACCUUACUCAGGACGAUUAGAUCUUUGAAAGUGUUCGUGUACACAGAUGCAGCGUUCACAGCUGCUUAUCUAACGAUUGUUAGCCUUGUGAUUCUCAACAAUCACUUAUUUCCGAUGCCCACCUAUUAUGCUGUUGUAGAUGGAAGCAGCCUCCAGUACAUUUAUGCACUGGUUUUGCCCAUGCUGCUAUGGUGUAAUCGAAAAAAUACGCACGAUCAAAUUCGUUCUGCUGUCGACCAAAAUAUGGAUUACAGCAUAGCAUUCAAUGCACUUCGCGACCAAUGGAAUCAUCAGAAUGUGCCAACGGAGACUAGAACGCCUUCACUAAAGAUCUUAGCUCAUGUGAAACAUCAGUUUAUUAAAGGGAGAAUAUCCUAG